AUUUACCAAAAAUGGAACCCUUCUUCUCCUCUUAUGUCUUUAUCAUUUUUCUUCACAUAACCUCUUCUUCAUUUUCUUCUUCUGAUGAAAUAGUUUGUUUUAGAGGGUGAUCGGAGAAAAAAAGAAAAAAUGGGUAGAGGAAAGAUUGAGAUUAAGAGAAUUGAGAAUGCAACCAACAGACAAGUUACUUACUCAAAAAGAAGAUCUGGGAUUCUGAAAAAAGCUAAAGAACUUACUGUUCUUUGUGAUGCUGAAGUUUCUCUUAUCAUGUUUUCUAGUACUGGAAAAAUGACUGAAUACUUAAGCCCUUCUCUUAAUGGAAAUACAAAGAGGGUGUAUGAUAGGUAUCAACAAAUUUCAGGCAGUAGUCUCUGGAAUUCUCACUAUGAGAGUCUGCAAAAUGCCUUGAACAAGCAGAAGGAAAUUAAUAAAAGGCUUAGGCGAGAAAUAAGGUAUCAAGAAGCUCGAUCUAUUUUUUAUGUUCAUUGUAUUGUGAAGAAAUUAAUUAUUUUUAGUUUCUGGAUUUAUAGGCAGAGGAUGGGAGAAGAUCUAGAUGAACUGACCAUUGAUGAAUUGCGCAAUCUUGAGGCAAAUUUGGAAGCUUCAGUUAAAGUAGUCCGUGAUAGGAAGUACCAUGUGAUCAUUACUCAGACGGAAACUACCAGGAAGAAGCUAAGGAACCACACUGAGCAACACCAUGGUCUCCUACGUGAAUUUAUGAGGAUCCCCGAUUUAUAUUAGCCGGUCAGGAGGAAGAUUAUGAAUCUGCAAUUGAAUUGGCGAAUGGUCAGAACAUAUUUACGUUCCGCCUGCAACCAAGCCAGCCCAAUCUUCACAAUGGAGGGGGAUAUCACUGUCAUGAUCUUCGCCUUGCUUGAGUAUAACGUGAGGUCUAUCAUAUUACUCUUUUAACAUUAUAUAAUAAUCGUAAGCAUGUGUUAAUAUGGAUGCCUUCGGACCAUUGCGUUGUUGUUGUUGUAUGAAUCUGAAUUAUGUAAUCAGGCCCUCAACUUUUAACUAAUAUAUCUAUGAACCAUGCGUGUAAUAUGUGCUCAAUUAAUAUCACUUAUGCCAGACUGUAUGGCCGUGGACAAGAGAAUUUAAGUUGCAUUU